UCGUUUGAAGUUUAAACCCUGAUCCUAAAACCCGAAUUCAUAGAUCAAGAGAACUCCAAUCAGCAACACAGUCCAACAGUACAAAUAAAAAUGGCUCGCUUCAUUAGAACAGCUCAAAGAACAUUCAUCUCUGCUGCUUCCAAAACCCUAACUGACGGCACCCAAUCACGAAUCCCAUCAUCAGCUUCACUACUCCAAUUCAAAACCUACGCAACCUGCAAAGCCCACAUAUCGCCUUUCACAGCCAACAUCAUCAGAAUCCUAUGCAACGAGAUCGAGUAUCAGCACGACUACGCUCCUCCCCAUCAGCCUGCUCGGAGUUUCAAUUCAUUCACGGUCCAUGACCGACCGGGAGAGAAGUGGAUGACAAUGAGGGCAAGACAUGGAGACAAUGAAGAUAUCAAAAUAGAAACAACUAUGUUUGACGGCUGUGCUCUUGUUCCUAAGCCCGGAGAAGAUAGCACCGGAGAGAAUGUGGUUCUUCACAUUAGCUUGCUUGUUGAUAUUUCCAAAGGUCAAGGUUAUCCUGAAAUGGAAUUUUUGUGCUCGGCCUGGCCCGAUCAUUUAGAAAUCCAGAAAGUUCAUUUGCUAAAUCGUGAUAAGAUUGUUAUUAAUCCAUACAUGGGACCUGAUUUCAGAAAAAUGAAUGGGAAACUUCAGAAGACACUUCGUGAUUACCUGGAAGCAAGGGGGGUAAAUAAUGAACUUUGUCGCUUUUUGCACGAGUAUAUGAUGAAUAAGGAUAGGAUUGAACUCAUACAAUGGUUGGGAAAUGUGAAAUCCAUUAUGCAGGGCAAGGAAUGGAAUGAGGUUUGUUUAUGAAGUUCCGAUAUCUGCUUCGUAUAUGUUCCUAUGCAAGGUUCAUAAGAUUUUUA